AUGGCACCAGGCAGCGGCAGCUUCACCGCGAUCCCCACCAUUGACCUCUCCCUCGCCGACGACCCCGCGUCGGAGGCCGGGCUCCUCGAGCAGCUCCGCCACGCGCUCGUCCACGUCGGCUUCCUCUACGUCGUGAACCACGGCGUGCGCAAGGCAACCGUCUCGGCCGUCGUCGAGGCCCUGCCGAGGCUGUUCGCUCUGCCGGCGGCGGCGAAACAAGAGAUCGCGCUAGAGAACUCCCCGCACUUCCUGGGGUACAGCGGAGACGGCGCCGAAACGACGGCGGGGGCGGUCGACCGCAGGGAGCAGGUCGAGUUCGCGACGCAGCUCACGGACCAGUGGCGCCCGGGGCUGCCGUUGCGGGAGCGCCUGAGGGGCCCGAACCAGUGGCCGUCAGCGUACCCGAAUCUCCGCCCGAUCGUCGAGGCAUACAUAUCGGAGAUGACGCUCCUGGGCGAGCGCUUCCUCCGUCUGGUGGCGAAGGCGCUCUCGCUCCCGCCCGAGACCUUCCUCCCCUUCCUCUCGGACCAGCACCGCCUCAAGCUCGUGCGCUACCCCGCCCUACCCCCGGAUCUCGAUACGGCGAGCGGCGGCAGCCAGGGCGUCGGCCCGCACAAGGACUCGUCGGGGUGGUGGACGUUCCUGCUGCAGGCUUCCCCCCCGCACGUCGGGGGGCUGCAGGCCCUGAACAGGGACGGCGGGUGGGUCGACGUGCCCGCGCUGCCGGGUUCGUUCGUCGUAAAUAUAGGGCAGGCGUUUGAGGUGGUGACGAGCGGGGUGUGCAGAGCCACGACGCACCGCGUGCUCUCCGGCCCGCUGGAGCGGUUCAGCGUCCCGUUCUUCCAGGGCGUGAGGCGGGACCUGACAAAGGACGAGGCGGCGGGCUCAUUCUGGGGGCAUUCCAGCAGGCCCGAGAUCCGGGAGCUGGCGGCGGCGGCGGCGGCGGAGUCGGCCGAGGGGAGGGGCGUGGACUCGGCCUUUCUUCAGGGGAAGUAUGAUACCUGGGGCGAGAGCCAGCUCAGGACGAAUAUCAGGAGCCACAGAGACGUGGGGAAGAAGUUCUAUCCCGAGGUCUUUGAUCAGUAUGUCAACGACGAUCAGUAG